GCCCGCCUGGGUGGAGUUAGCACCACCACUGCUGAGAGCGGAUAAGGAGGGGAACUCGAGAAAAAAAAUCGCUAUCUGGCUGUUCCCCUCGCUAUAAACGCUAUAAUCUCGGGGAAAUUCAAAUACCACCACCACAUUUGGAUCAUAGAACCCGGGGCACGGCAGCGGGAAGCACCGUAUCUGUUCAGGAGUGACUUUGGUGGAGGAGCAGAGCAGCAAACAUGGUGGCCCUGUCCCUAAAGAUCGGUGUGGGCAACGUGGUGAAGACCAUGCAGUUUGAGCCCUCCACCAUGGUGUAUGACGCCUGUCGCAUCAUCAGAGAGAGAGUCCCCGAGGCGCAGCUCGGCCAGCCAAAUGACUAUGGCCUAUUUUUGUCCGAUGAAGACCCAAAGAAAGGCAUUUGGCUGGAGGCUGGAAAGGCCCUUGAUUACUACAUGUUGAGGAAUGGCGAUACUUUAGAAUACAAGAAAAAGCAGAGGCCCCUGAAGAUUCGGAUGUUAGAUGGCACAGUGAAGACUGUGAUGGUGGAUGACUCCAAAAUUGUCAGUGAUAUGCUCAUGACCAUCUGUGCACGAAUAGGAAUUACAAACUAUGAUGAGUAUUCACUCGUGCGUGACAUUGGUGAGGAGAAGAAAGAGGAGAUUACCGGUACCCUUAAAAGAGACAAGACCUUACUACGAGAUGACAAGAAGAUGGAAAAACUAAAACAAAAACUACAUACAGAUGAUGAAUUGAAUUGGUUGGACCAUGGAAGAACACUGAGGGAACAAGGAGUGGAGGAAACUGAGAUGCUGCUGCUCAGAAGAAAGUUUUUUUAUUCCGACCAAAACGUAGACUCCCGAGAUCCAGUGCAGCUCAACUUGCUCUAUGUCCAGGCUCGAGACGACAUUCUCAACGGUUCCCAUCCUGUCUCCUUUGACAAAGCCUGUGAGUUUGCUGGUUAUCAGUGUCAGAUCCAGUUUGGGGACCACAAUGAGUCUAAACACAAAUCAGGGUUCUUAGAUUUGAAAGAAUUCCUACCCAAAGAGUACAUCAAGAACAAAGGAGAGAAAAAGAUCUUUCAGGCACAUAAAAACUGCCAGAAUAUGACAGAAAUUGAAGCCAAAGUCAGUUAUGUGAAGUUGGCCAGGUCCCUAAAAACAUAUGGAGUGUCUUUCUUUUUGGUCAAGGAAAAAAUGAAAGGAAAGAACAAGCUUGUUCCUCGUCUGUUGGGCAUUACAAAAGAGAGUGUGAUGAGAGUGGACGAGAAGACCAAAGAGGUGAUACAAGAGUGGAACUUGACUAAUAUCAAACGCUGGGCUGCGUCUCCUAAAAGUUUUACUUUGGACUUUGGAGACUAUCAGGAUGGAUAUUAUUCUGUCCAAACCACUGAGGGAGAACAGAUAGCCCAGCUUAUUGCAGGAUAUAUUGACAUCAUACUGAAAAAGAAAAAAAGUAAAGACCACUUUGGGUUGGAGGGAGAUGAAGAAUCAACUAUGUUGGAAGAUUCAGUGUCACCUAAAAAGUCUACAGUGUUGCAGCAGCAAUUCAACAAAGUUGGAAAAGUAGAGACAGGUUCUGUUGCGUUGCCGGCGAUCAUGCGCUCUGGAGCUGGGGGUCCAGAAAGCUUCCAGAUGGGUUCCAUGCCACAGGCCAAACAACACAUUACCAGUGGACAGAUGCACAGGGGACACAUGCCCCCUCUGACAUCAGCUCAACAAGCCUUAACCGGAACGAUCAACUCCAGUAUGCAUGCGGUCCAGGCUGCCCAGGCCUCUCUGGAUGAUUUUGACACCUUGCCUCCAUUAGGGACAGAUGCUGCAUCUCAAGCUUGGCGAAAAAACAAAAUGGAUGAAUCAAAACAUGAGAUUCACUCUCAGGUGGAUGCCAUCACAGCGGGCACUGCCUCUAUGGUUAACCUCACUGCAGGGGACCCUUCGGAAACAGACUACACUGCAGUGGGCUGUGCUGUUACCACAAUUUCCUCAAAUCUAACGGAAAUGUCUAAGGGAGUUAAACUGUUAGCUGCCCUAAUGGAAGAUGAGGGAGGAAAUGGGCAGCAGCUGCUGGGUGCUGCUAAAAACCUGGCCUGUGCAGUAUCUGAUAUGCUUAAGACUGCCCAGCCUGCCAAUACAGAGCCUCGACAGAAUCUGCUGCAGGCAGCUGGAAACGUGGGUCAGGCCAGUGGAGAACUAUUGUCACACAUUGGAGAAACAGACACUGAUCCACAGUUCCAGGACAUGUUGAUGCAGUUGGCUAAGGCUGUAGCUAAUGCUGCUGCAGCUCUUGUGCUCAAAGCUAAAAAUGUGGCUCAGAAGACUGAGGACUCAGCUCAACAGAACCGGGUCAUUGCUGCAGCCACACAGUGUGCUUUAUCCACAUCUCAGCUUGUGGCCUGCACCAGGGUUGUUGCACCUACAAUCAGCUCACCUGUGUGCCAGGAGCAGCUGAUUGAGGCAGGCAAACUGGUGGCCAAAUCUGUGGAGGGGUGCGUUGAUGCCUCACAAGGAGCCACCAGUGAUGAGGGUCUCCUCAAACAAGUAGGUACAGCGGCCACAGGUGUGACCCAUGCGCUCAAUGAUCUGCUACAGCACAUCAAACAGUAUGCCAGCGGAGGGCACCCCAUCGGGCGCCAUGGAGAAGCUACAGACCGCAUCUUAGAUGUCACUGAAAAUAUUUUCAGCUCGAUGGGUGAUGCCGGUGAAAUGGUUCGACAGGCUCGGAUACUUGCCCAGGCCACUUCUGAUUUGGUUAAUGCUAUCAAGAUGGAUGCAGAAGGAGAGUCUGACCUGGAGAACUCUCGCAAGCUCCUUUCGGCCGCCAAGCUACUGGCUGAUGCUACUGCGAAGAUGGUGGAAGCUGCUAAGGGUGCUGCAGCAAACCCAGACAGUGAAGAACAGCAGCAGAAGUUACGAGAGGCAGCAGAAGGGCUCCGCAUGGCAACCAAUGCGGCAGCACAGAAUGCCAUCAAGAAACGUUUGAUUAACAAACUUGAGAAUGCAGCGAAGCAAGCAGCUGCAGCAGCCACUCAGACAAUUGCAGCUGCUCAGCAUGCUGCCUCUUCCAACAAAAAUCUGGCAGCCCAACAGCAACUUGUUCAGAGCUGCAAGGUAGUGGCAGAUCAAAUCCCUCAACUGGUCCAGGGUGUUCGAGGCAGCCAGUCUCAGCCUGAUAGUCCCAGUGCUCAGCUUGCUCUUAUCAGUGCCAGCCAAAACUUUCUACAGCCUGGUGCCAAAAUGGUUACUGCAUCUAAAGCUACUGUUCCCACCAUCAGCGAUCAAGCUUCUGCCAUGCAGCUGAGCCAGUGUGCCAAGAACUUGGCAAGUGCUCUUGCUGAGCUGCGGACUGCCUCCCAGAAGGCACAGGAAGCUUGUGGUCCACUUGAGAUAGACAACGCUUUGUCAAUGAUUCGAGAUCUAGAGAAGGACAUGCACGAAGCCAAAAGUUCAUCUGAAGAGGGCAAACUCAAACCACUGCCCGGAGAGACGCUGGAGAAGUGUUCUCAGGAUCUUGGGACCAGCACCAAGGCCGUGAGUUCAGCCAUUGCUCAGUUACUGAGUGAAGCGACCCAGGGCAAUGAAAACUACACAGGUAUGGCAGCCAGAGAUGUGGCUCAGGCUCUUAAGUCUCUGGCCUCUGGUGCCCGUGGUGUAGCUGCCACUACAACAGACUUACCGGCUCGUGGUGCCAUUUUGGACUGUGCUGGAGAUGUCAUGGACAAGUCAGCCAACCUCAUUGAAGAGACCAAGAGAGCUAUUGCUAAGCCUGGGGACGCAGAAAGUCAGCAAAGGCUUGCCCAGGUUGCAAAGGCGGUGUCUCAGGCCCUGAACAGAUGUGUGAACUGCCUUCCAGGCCAGAGGGAUGUGGACAAUGCGAUCCGCUCUGUAGGUGAAGCCAGCAAGACGCUUCUCUCAGAUUCUUUCCCAUCCAGUGGUAGACCUUUCCCAGAGGUUCAGGCUCACCUGAAUGAGGUGGCAGCUGGUUUGAACCAGUCAGCAAAUGAAGUCGUCCAAGCCUCCAGGGGCACCACCCAGGACCUUGCCAGAGCCACCGGCAAGUUCGGAAAGGAUUUCAGCAACUUCCUGGAUGCCGGAGUUGACAUGGCUGGAACAUCCCAGUCAAAGGAGGAUCAAACUCAGGUUGUGUCCAACCUGAAGACUAUUUCCAUGUCAUCCAGUAAACUUUUGUUGGCUGCUAAAGCCCUCUCAACAGAUCCCAACUCCCCCAAUCUGAAAAACCAACUUGCUAAUGCAGCUAGGGCAGUUACAGACAGUAUCAAUCAACUCAUCACAAUGUGCACUCAACAAGCCCCAGGUCAAAAAGAAUGUGAUAAUGCUCUCAGAGAGUUAGAGUCUGUGAGAGGGAUGCUUGAGAACCCAACUGAAGCAGUCAAUGACAUGUCUUACUUUGACUGUAUUGAUGGGGUCAUGGAGAACUCGAAGGUACUUGGCGAGUCUAUGGCAGGCAUUUCCCAUCAUGCCAAGACAAAUUUGCCUGAAUUUGGGGACUCUGUCAGUGCUGGCUCCAAAGCAUUGUGUGGCCUUACAGAAGCAGCUGCACAGGCUGCCUACCUGGUGGGGGUUUCUGACCCCAAUAGCACUGCGGGCCAGAAAGGCUUGGUGGAUCCUGCUCAGUUCGCCAAGGCCAAUCAGUCUAUCCAGAUGGCCUGUCAAAACCUGGUGGACCCUGCCUGUACCCAGUCCCAAGUGCUUUCUGCUGCCACAAUUGUGGCUAAGCAUACUUCAGCAUUAUGCAAUGCCUGUCGACUUGCCUCCUCCAAGACAUCCAACCCAGUUGCCAAAAGGCAGUUUGUGCAAUCAGCCAAAGAGGUGGCAAACACCACUGCCAACCUGGUCAAGUCUAUUAAGGCUUUGGAUGGAGCCUUUAACCAGGAGAACCGAGAGAAGUGUAAGGCUGCUACUGGUCCUCUUAUAGAAGCCGUGGACAACCUCACAGCCUUUGCCUCAAACCCAGAGUUUGCCAGCAUUCCUGCUCAAAUCAGCCCUGAAGGUCAUGCUGCUAUGGAGCCCAUAGUUGCAGCAGCACAAACCAUGCUGGAAAGUUCAACAGGUCUGAUUGAAACUGCCCGCUCUUUGGCUGUGAACCCCAAAGACCCCCCCAAGUGGUCAGUGUUGGCAGGUCAUUCAAGAACUGUGUCGGAUUCUAUCAAGAAGCUUAUUACCAACAUGAGAGAUAAGGCACCUGGCCAGAGAGAGUGUGAUGAUGCUAUUGAAGUGCUCAAUAACUGCAUCCGUGAGGUGGACCAGGCCUCUCUUGCUGCUAUUAGCCAGCAUCUUACACCUCGAGAUGACAUCUCCAUGGAGACUCUUCAUGAGCAGAUGGCAGCUUCAGUUCAUGAAAUAAGUAACUUGAUUGAGCCUGUUGCUGUGGCUGCCCGAUCUGAGGCCUCUCUGCUUGGUCACAAGGUUUCUCAAAUGGCCAGCUACUUUGAGCCCCUGAUUAUGGCUGCCAUUGGCACAGCCUCAAAGAUUCUCAGCAGUCAACAGCAGAUGGCUGUUUUAGACCAGACUAAGACCCUUGCAGAGUCUGCCCUGCAAAUGCUCUACACUGCCAAGGAGGCUGGUGGAAACCCGAAGGCGGCACAUAUGCAGGAGGCUCUAGAAGAGUCUGUGCAGAUGAUGAAGGAGGCCGUAGAUGAUCUUGGAGCGACACUGGCAGAGGCAGCCAGUGCUGCAGGUGCUGUGGGCGGUAUGGUGGAUUCAAUCAAUGAUUCCAUCAAUAAAAUGGAAGAAACUCCUGCACUUGAUCCUGAGGGCACAUUUGUGGACUACCAGACUACUAUGGUCAAAACAGCUAAAGCAAUUGCAGUCACUGUUCAGGAGAUGGUCACAAAGUCUAACACCAACCCUGAUGACCUUGGAGGACUAGCCAACCAACUAACCAAUGAAUUUGGGAAUCUGGCCACAGAAGCUAAAUAUGCAGCUGUCACUGCAGAAAGUGACGAGAUUGGCCAUCAUAUUAAGAAGCAGGUGGGCGAGCUUGGUUUCAGCUGUACAAGUCUGGUGACAAAGGCAGGAGCUCUGCAGUGCAGCCCCAAUGACUCUUUCACCAAAAAAGAGCUAAUAGAAAGUGCGCGAAAAGUUUCAGAAAAGGUGUCUCAUGUUUUGGCAGCUUUACAGGCAGGUAACCGUGGCACUCAGGCCUGUAUCACAGCUGCCAGCGCUGUGUCAGGAAUUAUUGCAGACCUGGACACCACCAUCAUGUUUGCCACUGCGGGUACUUUGAACAGAGAGAAUGCUGAGACCUUUGCAGACCACAGGGAGUGCAUCUUGAAGACUGCUAAAGCGCUGGUUGAGGACACCAAGUUGCUAGUGUCUGGAGCUGGUGCCAGUCAGGAGAAACUCGCCCAGGCCGCCCAGUCGUCAGUGACCACCAUCACUAAACUGGCAGAUGUGGUUAAACUGGGGGCUGCAAGUCUUGGGUCUGAAGAUCCAGAGACUCAAGUUGUUCUGAUUAAUGCCGUCAAAGAUGUAGCUAAAGUUCAGCACCACACAAAGGCUACUGAACUAGACAUGAUGUGGCAUGAAGUAUGA